CAAAAGAAAAAAAAAAUAAAGAAAAGAAAGAAACAGAGCUAAUUUUGGCGGUUGUGAGAAACUUUUUCCCCGCGUUGAAACCUGAAACCCAAACCCUCCAUUGAAUUGAAAAUCCAGUUCCAGUCAAAAUUUUCUCCUUCCAGUAUUGUCAAACCCUCCUAGAGAGAGAGAGAGAGAGAGAGAGAGAGGAUGGAAGAAGAAGGCAUAGGAUUGGUGCUCGCGAGGGCUACGGAGCUUCGGCUGAAGAUCGGAAACUGCAUUCACAAAGCGACAAAUUAUCCGCGCAAAGCCCUAGAUGCAGAUGAAUUAUUGCCCCAAAACGAAAAUGGCGUCGGCGACGGCGACGACGACGACGAGGAAGAAGAAGAUGAUGAUGAGGCACAGAGGCUUUUGAAUAUCUGCGAUGCGCUUGAGUCCCUCGAGUCGCAGCUCUCUUCUUUGCAGGCUUUGCAGCAACAACAACGGUAUGAAAGAGAAGCUGCUCUUGCUGAGAUUGAACAAAGCCGCAAGACGUUGCUUGAUAAGUUGAAGGACUACAAAGGAGAGCAAUUGGAAGUCAUAAAUGAGGCAUCUGCUUUUGCUGGCGAGACAGUGGAGCGGAACAAUGAUCUCCUGCUUCCACCAUACCCAACCCGCCCUCCGCAAUCCUUGCGUAGAGAUAACGGCUAUUUGCCAUCUUUGCACAAGAUUGUUCGAAAUGGUGUAACCUCCGGUGAUGCCACAAACGGAGAAAAGAAGGAUCCACAUGAGUUGGAGCGAAAUAAGAAUUCGAGAGGAAUGGGGUCCUUUUUGGGUGUGGCAGCAAAGACAGUGCUCACCCUUGUUGGUGUGGUAUCAGUGUUGAGUCUGUCUGGCUUCGGGCCUAAAUUUUCGGGUAGAGAAACCCCUUUGAAGCUUUUGAGCUUCUUUAAUCAACAAGCAUCUGAAGAAAAGAGAUCAAGCAUUAACUGCCCACCUGGGAAAAUCUUGGUGGUGGAAAAUGGCGAGGCUCGAUGUCUUGUGAAAGAGAGAGUUGAAGUUCCGUUUUCCUCGGCAGCUGCAAAACCAGAUGUAAACUAUGGAUGUGGUUAAUUUAUUAGUGUUCGUUUUGCCCUUCUUCUGUAUAUCUUGUUUCUUUGUGUUGAGGUGUAACGAGAAAAUUUCAUCAAGGGUCUAAUUUUAUUUCAAAAAAA